AUGGAGAUGUUGGCCAAGAAAGUAUACGAAGGCAAUGGUGGGUCCUACUAUUCAUGGUCCCCCGCCGAGCUUCCCCAAGGCAACAUUGGUGCCGCCAAGCUUGCUCUCGACAAAAACGGCUUCGCUCUUCCUCGUUACUCUGACGAUCCUUUACGACCAUCUGGAGUGGCUGGAAUAGUGCUGCUGUCUGACUCAGAAGAGAAGGUUGUUGCAAUCAAGAAGGUUUUUUCUGACUGGUUCCAAUGGAAUCUUCACCGUAGGGUUUUGGAGACAACCGUGAAAGCUGUUAAUUUGUUCAUUGUGCCAAGGUUCUUUGUGGUCUCAAAGAUUGCUGAUCCUGAUGGACUCGAGUGGUUCUCUAUCAUCUCCACCCCUAAUACUAUAUUUACCCACUUGGCUGGAAGUUCUUCCGUGUGGAAGGCUUUAUCACCUUCGGUUCUGCAAGCUGCUUUCAAUGUAGAUCCAGAAGUUGAGCAACUGUUCCGUUCAAAGAGGACUGCCGAUGCCAUUUUCUUCCCUCCACCAAACUAGAUUAAGCAUUCCAUUGCUUGCUUGUAAAGAUUCCCCAUCCUAUACACCGGAAAGUUAAAAGGGGAAAUGUCUUGUGGAAUUACUUUACUGUUUAAAACUACUAUUUUCUUUAUUAAUUAGGAAUUUCAACUAACCA